CAAGCUCUUGUGGCUCCUUUCAUCAAUUUCUUUAAUUUAUUUUAAAUUUUAAUCUCUUUCAUCCCAAGCUAUUUAUGCAACGUCUAGAUGUUUCCCGACCAGUUGGAAAUAUUUUGAAAUUGCUAAUUUUUCCCGCAAAACAGAGCGAAAUGAAGGAGGUCCCAACACCACGGAAGGAACAGGCUCGUCCCUCAGAGCACUUGGAUCGGAGAUCCAAAGAAUCCUCGUCGAAGAAGCUACCAAAGGCACAAAAAUCUCAACUCGAUUUUUCAAAUUUAUGCGUUCACCUCCGUCGCAUCCGAAUUCGAUUUCUCAUUCAUUCCUUUCUUUCUUAUUGUUCUUCUCAAGACCGUGAAGAAAAGCUUGAACGCUGCAUUUACGUCGCUUUCCGAAGAUGUUACACAAUCUCCAAUGGAAUCUUUGGAUUUAUUUUCGAUUUCUGAGAUCGCUGGCUCUGAUCACAUUGGAGAAGAAAGCUUCUUGAUGGCUGUGAACCCGGCUCUUUCUGCUUCAUCAGAAUCACUGGGUACUUCCGCCCUUACUCCGUCGUCCACAGUCACAGUUGACAUGGAGGAAUCAGGACAUCUUCACGAAACCUUCGAGCUGGGCGGUUCCAAGAUAAGCUCUGUGGAGGCGGAGAUCGCGGUCGAUUUUCUCAAAAGAAGUCGGUCUCAGGUCCUGAAGUCGGCGGAUGUAGAUCCUCAAUCUAAGAGGAUUAUGGAUGCACUAAUCGAGAUCGUUAUUGACGAGUUCCACUUUCGGCAAGAAGAGAAAGACCACUUUGCCGAACUCAUUAUCAUGAAAACUCAGAUUCUUCUCCUCUGUUUCUUCUUGUGGAUUCUUGCCGUUGCAGUAGUUUUCUUCUUCGGUUCAGCGAACCAAAACACUUCCAGCGGACCUCUUCCAACCUGAAUUAUCAAGCACAAGUAGUAAGAGAUCUGUUAAUUUGGCAUAUAUAGUAGGUCUAAUUUUGCUUCAAUAUGAGAUGGUUUGCACUCUCAUUUUACUCUGAACUGUACAGUCCUGCAUUGAUUGACAACAGGUGUCAAUCGAAAUGAUUUGGAUGAGUACUAUCUCACAAAAUUGAAUGGUA